UCCAUCUGGAUUUUCCCUGCCACCAAACACAAAUUAUGAAUUUGAUGGCUCUCAUUGGGUAACUAUUCAUUUCUGGAUUUUAAUCCCUUUCAGAUUAAUAACCGCAAAAAAAUUAGACAAAGGUGUGGGUUGAUGCUAAAAAUGACAAGCUACGGUUCACAUUCAAGUAGAAAUUGCCUUGUAAUCUAACACUUGAAAUAGUAACGUGCAUGCACAUCUUUUUCUCAUUUGAAAAGAGAAGGAAAGAAAUGGCUAUCUCUGAGGAUAUAGAGAAUUGUGAUGGUAGCUUAGUGGAGCCAUUUGUUGGGCAAAAGAAAGAGAUUGGUAGAAAACAGGAGAGUGAAAAGAAUGGUGGUGAUCUUGGAAUGGUUCUUUUCAGCACCGCUAUUGCAAUCUGUGGUUCUUUUGUGUUUGGUUGUUGUGUUGGAUACUCUGCGCCUACCCAAUUUGGUAUUAUGAAUGACCUUAGCCUUUCCUAUUCUGAGUACUCAGUCUUUGGAUCCAUCUUAAAUAUUGGCGCUAUGAUCGGUGCAAUCACAAGUGGGCGAAUUGCAGAUUCCGUUGGCCGGAAGGGGGCUUUGAGGAUGUCAUCAAUUAUCUGCAUAGCAGGAUGGAUUGCAAUCUACUUAUGCCAAGGACCUCUGUUCCUUGAUUUUGGCAGAUUUUUAACAGGAUAUGGCAUUGGUGUUAUUUCUUAUGUGGUACCUGUAUUUAUUGCUGAAAUUACUCCUAAAGAACUUAGAGGAACUCUAGCAGCUGCGAAUCAGUUCUUUAUUGUUGUUGGGAUAAUGGUAAUCUACUCAAUAGGGGCACUUGUUAACUGGAGGAUCCUUGCCAUAACAGGAACCAUCCCGUGCUUGAUUGUGAUUAUUGGUCUUUUCUUCAUUCCAGAGUCCCCUAGAUGGCUGGCAAUGGUUGGUCGCCAGCACGAGUCCGAAUCAUCACUCCAAAGACUUAGGGGAGCUAACGCUGAUAUUUCUCAGGAAGAGUCUGAUAUUCAAGAAUCUUUAGCGCUCAUUCGGAGACUUCCAAAAGUAACCGUACUAGACUUGUUUCACAGAAGAAACAUCCGAUUUGUCAUUGUUGGAGUUGGACUGAUGGCGUUCCAACAAUUUGGUGGAGUUAAUGGAAUAAUUUUCUAUGCUAACCAGAUUUUUGCAUCAGCAGGAGUUCCCCCAAGUGUUGGAAGUAUUCUCUACUCUGGUCUGCAGGUCCUUAUGACAGCAUUUGCUGCAAGCUUAGUUGAUAGGGCUGGGAGAAGACCACUUCUUAUAGUUUCUGCUACUGGAUUGCUACUGAGCAAUGCUCUAAUUGGAACUUCCUUCUUUUUAAAGGGAAACCAUUUAGCUCUUGAAUUGGUUCCAAUCCUGGCAAUCACCGGUGUCAUGUUUUAUAUAGCCUUCUUCUCACUCGGAAUGGGAGCAAUUCCUUGGGUUCUAAUGUCUGAGCUAUUCCCAUUGCAUCUAAAGGGAAUCGCUGGGAGCCUGGUGACAUUGGUAAAUUGGUUUGGUGCUUGGUUUAUAUCCUUCACUUUCAAUUUUCUUAUGGGCUGGAGUUCUUUUGGUACAUUUUUCUUGUAUGCUUGUAUUUGUCUCUGCAAUAUCUUUUUCAUUGUCAAAAUGGUGCCAGAAACCAAAGGCCGAACACUCGAAGAGAUUCAAGCUUCUGUAAAUUAGCAUUGAAGGACCAAACAUAUGAAGGUGAAGUUCCAUUUUCUUAUAGGGAAGAUAAAAGAGAAGAAGAAGUUUAUCCCCUUUACUGCAAGUCAGAGUGGCAAUUGGUGGCUGAUAUCUUCACCAGGGCACUGCCUGAAGGCAAGUUUGAGGUGCUGAAAUUGAAAAGCUUGGAGUUUCAAGACGAAGUCUUAAGGAGGAGCGUUCUGAAUUUAGACUUUGCCUUAGGCGAAUCAAUGCUAGUUGAUAGCCUGCUUGUUUUAGUUUGUAAAUUGAAGAACGCAGUGGAUGUAAGGAUAACCUAUGCUUUAGUAGGUAAUAAAUUAUGGGAUAUCCUGAAAUUUAGAAAUUAGUUACCUUAUACAAGUGAUGCAGUAGUUAGUUGUUUUAAGUGUUCGACUUGGAUUAAUGUUGUAAUAUUCCUGCUAUAAAAAGCAACCUUUUGUUGAUGGUAAA